AUGCUAUUUUCCAAGGUCUACUGGCCAUUAUCGGCCGUCUACUUCACCCAAGCAUCCGCCUCAUGCGCCUACGGGACGAUUCUACAGCCCAGGGAGGAGGGAGGCGCCGUCAAAGUAAACACGUUUGGCUACAUUGGUAUGAAGGGUCCAACCAACUGGAUGGCUCUCGACCCGGGAGCAAAUUCCCUCUGCGCAAAUGGGACGAGUCAAUCCCCCGUCGACAUGGUGCCCGGCUCCUUCAGCAUGAUCCCAGGCGCCGAGUUGGGCCUCGACAUACCCGAUAUGCCCGAGGGGACUGAAUUUGAAAAUCUCGGAACCACGGUCGAAGUAGUUGCCAAGGGCGGCAACAUGUCCUUCGACGGGGUUCAGUACAGGCUCCGGCAGUUUCAUUUUCACCUGCCGAGUGAGCAUCUAGACAACGGGACCAGCAUGGCCAUGGAAAUCCACAUGGUCUGGCAGGGGGAAGCCGAGCAGGUUGCGGUUGUCGGUGUCUUUGUGGAUCUCGACGAGGGCCCGGGCCGGGCAGCGAAAAGCACGGCCAAGACUAGGAUUGGUGGUGGCCGGCUUCCCGCGAUGAAGAAUGGCUUCUUCCAUGUCACUGCCCCUGCGACUGCGGCCAAGAAGCCUUCUGCGCUUCUUGAAACGGUGCUCAGCUCUGUGGACGGCAUUGCUGAGCCGGGGACGGUGGUCAAGACGCAGCCUCUGGUCAUGUCGGAUUUGGUCAGCACGCUCUCGUCGGGGUCAUUUCAAACCUACGAAGGUUCCCUCACAACGCCUCCUUGCUCGGAGGGUGUCCGAUGGCUUGUGUCUGACCAGAAGCUAUCCAUCCAGCCGGGUACUUUUAUGAAGGCAAGGUCGGUUAUUGGAUUCAACUCUAGAUUCCCUCAGAAUAUCCCAGGCCAAAGGAAUAUCCUGGCCGUCUCCUAG